UCUCUCUCUUUCGCUUUGCGUCCGUCGUCAUAGCAACCGAGCUUUUGUUUUCUUCCGCGAACGAGGUAAAACCUCGCGAGUCAGCUCCCCAACUAACUGCAGCUUCCUUCCAACGACUUUGAUUUCGCAAGCGGAUACGAAACAUUCGGCUUUUCCUCAACUUUGACGGAAAUCAACUGACCGCACGCGACACGAUCGGCGAUGGCGACGCCUCGGCGCGACGUCGUCGACUUCGGGGCGCUGGAGAAAGAACUCGGCGCCGCCGUGGAGUCGGAGCGCAAGUACCAACGAGAGAACGACGCCAAGUUGAGGGCCGUCCGGCAAGGCGUCGCCUCCUACCAGCAGUUCAGGGAUCUGGUCCUGACCAGUCACUUGACGCCGCUGGACAAGAACGACAAGAACGCUCGCAAGCGCCCCCCCUGGAACCCCGUGGUUGCCGGCGGCAACCAGGGCGGGAACCCGCCUGAAUAACAUCAGGAAAAAGACAUCUAACCCUCAAUGACAAAAUACAUAAACGUGUCAAGUUGUCAAUUCAA